AUGGACCCGGAGGACGAAGACGUUCUGUACGAAGAGGAGAACAGCCUGCGGGCCAUACUGAACGGAGGCACCCUGGGCGGGCCGCGCAGGAUCAAGGCCGCCACCCUACCCAAGCUCGUAGACCUCAUCGCCGCCAAACACCCCGCUGCGCACUUGCCGUUCGAGCAGAUGCUGGUGGACUGCCACUCGCUCUACUGCUCCUCGACCCAGUUCAUCAACGUCAUCAUCGCCAAGUAUGAACGCGUGAAGGAUGACGAAGAGCAGUCGCAGGCGAAGAUCAAAACAUUGAGACUCUUGCGGAUGCUGCUGGCCGAGCUUCUGCUUAACAACCCGGAAAGCAAAGCUGUCGAAACAAUCAGACUCUUCGCGCAGGCGCAGGAAGCGCAGUUUGGCUCCGAUAUUCUGGAGACGAUCGCGCAGGCGCGCAGCAAGGAGGCGCCCAAGUCGAAGGCCGUGUGGUCCCACAUGGAGGAGGAACCCGACCCUCCCAUCCUCCUCCUCCCACCCGACGCCCAAACCAAGCUGGACGAAGUGGACCCACGGGAGUUGGCCAAGCAGCUGACGCUGCUCCUCGCGAAGGAGUUCGCAAGGCUGCGGCCCCGGGAAUACGCCCACUUCCUCCGCACGAAGGCGAGCCUGUUCGACCUCAUCUACAACCACAAGCUGAACGACGCGCAGGUCAAACGCAAGAUGGACCACCUCGCCGCCAUCAUCUCCCGCUUCUGCGGCCUCGUCCACUGGCUACGACGCGAGAUCAACGCGUCCGUUGGUCCCCGACGCGCCAAGACCCUAAACUACAUCUUCCGUUUCGCUUGGGAGCUGUUUCGUAUGCGGAACCUGCACGCCCUGGGCGCCGUGGUACUGGUGCUCUCGCCUCACUUCGAUGACCUGCAGCAGAUGUUGUCUCCAUCGGAUGUAAACAAGUUGACCGAGCUGGCGCUGCUGUUCCACUCGUCGGAGACCGAGACGCUGGACGGCGGCGGCUUCGAGUUCAGUCACAGCACCAAGCGCGGGCGGGACCUCCUCUACCAGACGCACUCGGCCUGCCUGCCCUUCCUGGGCACCUACCUCCACGGCAUGCAGAUCAUCAACGCCACCGAGGCCGCCUUCGACGACGACCAGCUGGCCUUCCUCAAGACCAAAAACAUGCUCAACCUCCAGAAGAUGGAGCGCCUCAGCUUGGUGCUGAAGCUCCUACAGCAGUUUCAGGACAGGUGGUACGGCUACGAGCGGGUGGAGACGAUUCGGGACUACCUCAAGCGGGGCAUCGACCAGGGCCUGCGGUCGAUGCAGCUGCGGCCGCUGGGGCACCUGUGCCGCGAGACGGUAUGGCGGCACAAGGUGGACUGGCGGCGUCACAAGCUGCCCUGCGAACUGAACGAGUUUCUCGCCCAGCACCAAGUGCGCCUGGGCGACGUGCUCUCUGUCCUCAGUAGCCUCUGA